CUCUGUUGGAAGCCAUGAUGGAAGUUUGAGAGUUGGAUAAAAAGGCAGCAUAAUACAUGCAAAAAGAUUUGUCAAAAAAUAUUUAUAUAAUUUCAUAAUGCUUUCGUAUAUUUUAAAACGGUAAAUAUGUGGGCUGUCAAAAUUGUAUGUUUUUGUUGACAUUCCGAAGACAAGGAUUGCUCGAUUUGUAUUUCAAUUGCUCUACUUAGCUAGCUAGCUAGCUAGCUAUCUAGCUAUAGAAUGUCAGGGUUGCUAGUUAGCUAGCUAGCCUUUGCAUAUCUGUCUAGAAAUACGUGUGUAUAAACGCGUAUGAUUAAAAGAGUGGAAUUACCAAGAUUAUAAACGGCGUAAAACUUCUGAUUUUUUUUUUUUGACCAAAUAAAUUGAGGUAAUAGUGCUACAGAUUGGAGCCGGUUUGAAAACCUUAAGGGUCGGAAGGUGAAUGACUGUGUGCUGUUUUCAUUUGUGGGAUUGCAAGACAAAUUCCAGGACCGGGCAAUACGGGCCUGUGGACGAACGGUACGAGGCCCUCUUUUAUCCAGCCGAAGCCAUUCUAAUCCAUCCUGCAACGUCAACUGUUUACACAGAGAAACUGGGAGAAAAGCGACCGAAGAUAGUGGCAUUUAAAAAAAAAAAGCAACGCUACCUUGUUUUAGGUUUAGAAAUUUUGUACUCCUGUGAAGGAAAUGGCCGCAAUAAUUAAGGAAUUUGUCAGCCGAAACAAAAGGAGAUACCAGGAAGAUGGAUUCGACUUGGACUUGACCUAUAUUUAUCCUAACAUUAUUGCCAUGGGUUUUCCUGCUGAAAGACUUGAGGGUGUCUACAGAAACAACAUAGAUGAUGUGGUACGGUUCCUGGAUUCAAAACAUAAAAAUCAUUAUAAGAUCUAUAACCUAUGUGCAGAAAGGCACUACGAUACUGCCAAAUUUAACUGCAGAGUUGCACAGUAUCCCUUUGAAGACCACAAUCCUCCACAGCUAGAGCUUAUUAAACCUUUCUGUGAAGAUCUUGACCAGUGGCUUAGUGAAGAUGACAAUCAUGUUGCAGCAAUUCACUGCAAAGCUGGAAAAGGACGCACUGGUGUAAUGAUAUGUGCUUACUUACUACACAGAGGUAAAUUUUUAAAAGCACAAGAAGCACUAGACUUCUACGGUGAAGUAAGAACCAGAGACAAGAAGGGAGUAACAAUUCCCAGUCAGCGGCGCUAUGUCUUCUACUACAGCUACUUGUUGAAAAAACAUUUGGAGUACAAGCCUGUAGCACUGCUGUUUCACAAGAUGGUUUUUGAAACUGUCCCUAUGUUCAGUGGAGGAACAUGUAAUCCACAGUUUGUCGUCUACCAGCUGAAAGUGAAGAUCCACACGUCUAACCCAGCGCACACACGACGCGAGGAGAAGUACAUGUUUUUUGAAUUCCCACAGCCUCUUCCAGUCUGUGGUGACAUCAAAGUGGAGUUUUUCCACAAACAAAACAAAAUGAUGAAAAAGGACAAGAUGUUUCACUUCUGGGUCAACACCUUUUUCAUACCUGGACCAGAAGAAAAUGUAGACAAGUUUGAAAAUGGAAGUUUAUUGAAGGAACUGGAUGGAAUUCAAGCCACAGAGUGUGGUGAUGGUGACAAGGAGAACCUCAUUCUGGUAUUGACAAAGAAUGAUCUGGACAAAGCGAAUAAAGAUAAAGCCAACAGACUGUUCUCACCAAACUUCAGGGUGAAGUUGUACUUUACGAAAACAGUGGAGGAGCCAUCAAAUUCCGAGGCCAGCACUUCAACGUCUGUCACGCCGGACGUUAGUGACAAUGAACCUGAUCACUAUAGAUAUUCGGACACCACUGACUCAGACCCAGAAAAUGAACCCUUUGAUGAAGAGCACCAUACACAGAUAACAAAAGUCUGAAAUAUUUCAGAAAGAGAAAUAAACCAGAAGAAAAAAGGAGAAAACUUGAAUAAAAGAAGUACCUGUUCCCCCACAUGGCAAUAGAACUUUCGUUCAUUGUUGUCAUGCUACCUGUUGCAGAAAAACUAUCAUGACCAAUUUCUGUUCCCCCGAAUAUCCACAAGGUAUUCAGUGGCAAAUGGUUUGGUAGCUGUUGUGUAUCUAUUUGUGUCAUAAGGACAAUGGGGAAAAAAUGCAAUUAGGAGAUGGAAGAUUAGGUGUGAGAGACAGAAACAUACAAAUGUGCUGCUCCAUCUCCUGUGGAACCAAGGCCAGUGCUUUGCCGUCUGACUCUACAGCUACCCUUCCAUCCUACCUACUGUGAAUGCUUCUUGUGCUGUUUGCAGGCUGUCUCACAUGAGUUGACAUGCAUGCAGUGAAAACUGCAUGUUAGGAUUCUGCAGUCUUGUUAACAUUUUGAAUAGGCUAUAUGACAUCAAAUAUUUGCCAUUCCUUCUACCACUGUGUAUUCUGUUAAAUAUUCAGAAAAUAGAAUCCCACGUAAUUGUCAUUUUUAAUAAUAUACAACUCAGCAGGGAAACAGUGUUGCAAUAAUGUUAACACUAUUCAUGAGCAAAUGAGUGUGCAUGUCUUUGAAGUUGGUGUCCAUCUUUAAUAAAUGGUAUAUGUUUUUCUAAAACAAAAAGUUUCAAAGUCUUUUAAAAUUGUAUUUGCCCGAAUCUUUCUCAAACAGUAUUUAACUUGUCCGUUAUACAGUGGGAUCCCAUUAUGGGUCACGGAAUCCCUUUGACUGAACCAUUUUUAUCUUUUGUAGUGCUAGCAGAACAAAAAAUAUCUUAAUGGUAUGUUGGUGACAAUUCCACAGUGAAAUAUAAGCUUGUGGAGAAUUUACCUGUUGUACGAAACCUUCUUUUAGUUCUUCAAAAGAUGAUUGUAAUUUGUGUGAGUUCUGGUUAAAUCAUUUACAUAUCAAAUAAUGGUGCUUAACUUUCAGAUAAUAUAUGUUAAAUAUAAAAUGCAUAAUGGUAAUUAGAACUGUGUUCAUUCACUGCAGAAUUUAAGUAGUCUUACUCUUGCUUCAGAUCUUUUGUAUCAGUUCCUUCUGCAACUCCAGUGACUACUUCAGUUCAUUCCUCAAGCAACCAAAGUAUCUUUAGAAAUGAACGUCACCCGAUUGAGUGUCGAACAAUACAAGAGUUCAAUUCACAUAGCAAAAAACAUGGCCUAGAGCAGAUUGUGGAACAGAUCAUGAGUUACACGCUCAAAAUGAAGAUCAGGAAAAAGACCAUCAAGAAAUACCUAUAGAAUCCAUGUUACCAUCAAAGAAAACAUCCAAUACUGAUUGAAGAUGCUGGGCCCUUCAGGGUGACAAACUAGACGUACUUGAUGGAAUUCAAAGGAAUAAUCGAGGAGGAAUCUGAAAAGGAUUGAAUAAAUGAAAAUGCCAAAGAAAAAUGAUGAAUGACAGAAGAAAAGUUAAAAUUACAAGGAAGAGAAGCCAAAACCAGUGAAUUCUAGAAAAAUCAUCAUUGCAAAAUGUUCUAGCAAGCAGUUUCAUUGAAGAAUGAGAUGAACAUGAAAAAACAAGGGCUGUUUCGAAGAACUGUGAAACUGAAGUUCCGACCUCAAGUCCUGAUCGACCUCGAUAAGCAAAUAACUGAUCGAAGAGAGUCAAAGAUGGAAAAAAUACUAAGAGCCUCUUUAGCAAAGACCUCAACAAACUAGUCUAUACUUAGAGGUUAGAUGUUUGGAAGAAACUUUAUUAAAGUGAACGUGAGAUUAGCCCUGAGAUCAAAGCUGAAAAGGAAGGCAAGAUGGCAUCUCUGUGGAAAUACUGUAAACAACUGAAGCAGAAUUAAUGUGUUGACCAAAUUAUGCCAAUUUGGAGACCUCAUUGGAAGAGAUCUGUUUAUGUUCGUAUACCAAAGAAAAGUAAUGUGACGAAAUGUGAAAUAUUCUCCCUCAUCCUGCGUGGCAAUAAGAUUACACUUCAGAUCACUCAGCACAGAUUAGUACCCUACAUAAAAAAGAAAUUACCUGAUGUACUGCAAGCUGGAUUCAGGAAGGACAGAGGCACAAAAGACUAAUGAGAAUCACAAAACCAUUAAAGACCUAAAGGCAGUCAAUGUGUGGUUUACUAAUUUCAACAAAACAUUUAAUUGUGUUGACCAUACCACACCAUGGAAUUUUCUCUGGAAAAUGGGUGUGCCGGAGUCUCCAUGAAAAAUUUAGACUAUACAAACCACAAUAUUAAAUAUGGAGAAACCGGUUAUAGAUAGCUAAAUAAAACAAUAGAAUAGAAUGCCUUUAUUAUCAUUAUAACAAUGAUGGAGUACUACCACCAUUCGACUUGUACAAGGAGAGCAGUUGGACUGGAAGAAGGCAGUGGUGGAGAAUUGCUGUUAAUAUCGCAAUAACGCCACACACAGCAGAAAAUGAAGAAUAUCUGAAGACAUGAGGAGGGUUAAACAACGGGGAAAAAAUGGGACUGUAAAUCCACUGGAUCCACAACUAAAUUAUAUUGCUGAUGAUGCAGAGUUUAAAGACAACUUUUGCCUCCUUGGAAGCAACAUCAACAACAAAUGUCCUAGAAGUCUAGAAUUGCAUUGGGGAGUGGCUUCUGCAAUGAAAGACCUAGAAAAAAUUGUUGAAGAAUGAAAAUCAGAAUAUGAUAUUUUCUGUGGCACUUUAUCAAUUUGAAACCUGGACAGUAAAGAAGCAGGGAUAUCAAUGACUUAAGAAUAUGGACUACAAUAUCUGUUGUUGAAUUAAUACACAAAUGUAAAAAAGAUACUGUACUGAAUCCAUGAAGAAGAAGAAAGUAGUGGGUUUUUCCAUCACAUCAAACCAGAACUUUCACUUUGGACCCGUUAUUGCCAUUGUGAAAAGGUUAAACUAAUCUACUUCAGCUGACCCUGCUUUAAAUAUCGGAGCAAUUUACAUCCUGUUGUUAGGAGAAAGUAAUUUACUUUUCUGAUUAUCUUCCCUCUCAGAAAAACAAAUUACCACUUAGAUGCUUUAGGGGAAAAUGGUUAUCACUAAAUAUUACAGUACUCUGUUUAAUCCUUUGUCUGGUUUGUAUGUUUUUGUAUUUUUUAAACUGUGAUUACAUGAGUAGAGGUAUGUAACAACGCAUUUACUAAUAAUGCCACAUUAUGUAAUAACUUGACCAAAUGUAACAAAUUUUGAUCACAAUGUGAUAUUACAUAAUGUGUUGUCACAUACCAUGUAACAAUGCAAUAUGUAAU